AUGACAUUGAGCACCACUGCAAUAUUAUUUGUGUUUCUCAGCGUAACUGGACUAAGUGGUUGCAAUGCAUCGCCAGCAGACGAGGGACAGUGGCAACCUCACUCAACAUGGAAUUUUUCGCGUGAUCCCAAAGCACUCAUUUCCACAAAACGUCAAACCCGUUCCAAUGAGUUCGAUCAGCCCAAAAUGAUAUCUCUUUCCCAAGGCGAUAUGCCACCUCUGAUUUUGGACUCUGAUGGUACACACGAUCAAGCGAGUAAUUUGUUUGAAGAUGACUCGUUGAACCAAUGUGUGCCCAUCCAUGAGCAGAUCUGUCAGGGAUUGCAAUAUACACCCACUGUAGGUUGUUCUCACUAUCUAAAGUUUUUUCUCUGUACCGUUUAUUUUCCCAUGUGCACUCCUCAGCUGAACUCUAUGACCACGCUUCAACCCUGUGAAAACCUGUGUCGUUAUGUUCAGUCCAGAUGUGAACCAAUUAUGAAAAGUUUCAGUUUCCCCUGGCCCAAAGAACUAAAUUGUAAUGCAUUUCCGAAAUCCAGUGCAAUGUGCAUUCAACCGCAAAAUUAUGAUCUCGAUCAGCAAACACCCCAUCCACCGUCAGCUUCUCUACUAAGUCAGGGCCUAUCCGGCGUUGGAAGACAAACUAUUGCUGAACUAAUCCCUGAUCUCACGCAGUUAUUCAAUUCGCAAAGACAAGGUAUACAGCAUCCAGAAGAUGGAGAUCCCAGUGACUCGAAAACACAGUUUUCUGACAUUUGGUUAAUGGUCUGGUCCGUAUUAUGUGCUUUAUCCUGUGCGCUAACCUUGAUCACUUUUAUAUUGGAUCGUGCGAGAUUCGCUUAUCCGGAACGUCCGAUUGUCUACAUAUCUGCCUAUACAGCUGCAACCCAGCUGUCCUCUAUGUCUGGUCUUGGGUCCGGAAUUCCGUCACGAGAAUCCUAUCUUAUAGUUUCUGGCUUCGAAGGGACUUGGUGCACGGUUGUGUUUAUCCUACUCUACUACUUCGGACAAGCCAGCUACAUUUGGUGGCUCAUGUUAUCGGUCACGUGGUUCCUUUCGGCCGCGUGUAAAUGGGGUUCCGAGGGGAUAGAAACAAUCAGCAGUGUGUUGCACAUGCUAGCCUGGGCUUUACCAGCCCUAAAAACCAUGAUUGUUCUCAUUAUGCAUCGUAUAGAUGCUGACGAACUGACCGGGCUCUGUCACAUUGGAUAUCAGGAUUCGUCCAGUUUGUUGUUCUUUGUUCUAGUUCCCCAAAUAUGCUAUCUUGUGAUCGGCUUGUGUUUUCUGAUUCUGGGUUUCUUCUCGCUUGUCUCAGUUCGUUCAAAUUUAAAUCACUUGACUGCUAUGCAAAACGGAAAUGUGCGCCGUUUGGACAAGCUUAUGGCAAAAAUUUGCAUUUUUUCAAUUCUUUACAUCAUACCGACAAUUUGUGUGAUCGGAGUGAAUAUCUAUAAGUACGGGAAUUUCUCCAAAUGGCAGUACACUCUGGAUCGAUUGGACCAACCACACGGAACUAAUUGGGCCAGAGCGGAUUUAUGCUUAGAAGGGCUACAAUUGCCGUCGGUUGAGACCAAUAUGUUACAAUCAUUCAUGUCUCUUGUGGUUGGAAUAACGUCUGGGAUGUGGGUCUGGUGCAAUCGGAAAACGUUCACAACAUGGACACAUUGUGUUCGUGCAAAACAGCCUCGGAACGGAUCGUCGAAACCUGGCGUUCCCGCUUCGGUAGAUGGACGCAUCCAUACAGACCAAAUGGAUGGUCGGACACGACGAGACAAAGCGCAGUGGACUGGCGGUAGGUUCCACUUCUAUAACGCUUAG